ACACUGGUAUAGUUCAUCCAACAGAAAAUCUGACCCUUGGUGAAGGCCAACGUUCGAGCUCUGAAGUCUGAUCUCCCACACCUCCACCUCCUCCUCCUCCUCCUGACCUCCACCACCUUCCCAGCACCUUCUCCCCUCUCCCCUCAUCACCUCCUCUCUCCCUCGGGUCUCCUUGUCCGUGUCGACCAGGAUGGCAAGGAGGGAGGGCAGUAGCCCACGCCACCGGCCUUGGUCGGUGUACCGUGCCAACACCUUUGACCUCUCUGCAGAGAUGAUAGGCCUGACCCUGGCAGGUAACAGCCAAGACCCAGACGAGCCAGUGUUGGAGUUCAGUCUGGCCUGCAGUGAGCUGGCUCCCCCGGCCCUGGAGAGGAAGCCCACCAGCUUUGUGGCCGUGAGCUGCACCACCCCUCCCCAGGCCUUCUGGACCAAACACGCCCAGACAGAGAUCAUUGAGGGAACAAGCAACCCCAUCUUCCUGAGCAGCAUAGCCUUCUUCCAGGACUCCCUCGUCACUCAGCAGACUCAGGUCAAGCUGUCUGUGUACGACGUCAAGGACCGCUCUCAGGGCACGAUGUAUCUCUUGGGGUCGGCCAUGUUCACUGUGAAGGAGCUGCUGCAGGAUAAGCAUCAUAGACUCCACCUCAUGGUCAGGUCUGCCGAUGGCGAGCGCAUGGGCAACAUCACGGUCAUCGCCUGGCAGUUGGACGACAAGAGGGACGAUCGAGCGGCCAACCUGUCAAGGCUAGACCCCAUCAAAGGCAGAAUGGUGCUGCCGGUGGAUGAGAGUCUGACAGAGGGGAUCAAAGCCAAGUCUGGUUCCCUGUGCAAAGACACCCUUUUAAAAGCAGCGUUCGGUGGCACCAUGUCACGCAUGUACCGCUUUCCCACGACUGACGGCAACCACCUGCGUGUGCUGGAGCAGAUGGCGGAGAGCGCCCUGUCCCUCAACAUCCCCCGACAGUUCAACAAGCUGCUGCUGGAGGAGGAUGCUGCCAGGGUUUGUGAGCUGGAGGAGCUGGGAGAGCUGUCCCCGUGCUGGGAGAACCUGCGGAGGCAGAUCAUCACCCAGUACCAGACCAUCAUCCUCACCUACCAGGACACGCUAACUGACCUCCACGAGUACAAGGGUCCUGCCUUCAAAUCCAGUACCUUGAAAGCAGAGAAGAAGUUGGAGUUCAUGCCCACCAACCUGCAUCUGCAGAGGAUGAGGGUGCAAGGAGAGCGAGGUUACGACCACACGUAUGACGUGGUGACCAUCGGGGCACCGGCCGCUCACCAUCAGGGCUUCAAGGGGAACGGCCUGAGGAAACUCAUCCAGAAGUUCGAAGACGCCAAGAAACAAGCUUUUGAGGAGCACUGCAGUAAGGAGUCCAGCCCGUCCUCCAUGGUGUACGUGCCGCAGGAUGUGGUGCGGGCCCGCGAGCUGAUCCCCCAGAUCACCACGCUCAAGACGCAGGUCAGCUACUACGUGGAGCGCCUGUCCCGCGCCGCCAAGGACCGCUCGGCCAACGCCCUGGAGAGGACCCUCGCCAUCCUCACCGAGAAGACACGGCAGCUGGUGACAGUGUGUAACAACAAGCUGCUGGCCUCGGCCAUCCAGGCCCUCAACGCGGCACGGCCGGAGUUCAUCGCCUCUCGCGCCUCCUCUUCCCCCUCCCCCUCCCCUUCCCCCUCCCCCUCCCCCUCGCCCUCGCACAGCCCCCUGGACCCCGAGCGCGUGGUGGUCCGCAAUGACCAGAGCUCCCUGCACGCCAAGUGGAGCAGCCGCGGCAGCCGGGCAUCCAUGCACGUGGACUGGCACGAGGAGGAGUGGGAGAAGGUGUGGUUGAACGUGGAUAAGAGUCUUGAGUGUGUGGUGCAGCAGGUGCAACGUAUCCUGCAUAAGGAGCGCAUGGCCAGCGACGGCAGCGAGGACGUCUUCGAGACUGACCAGCCCUCCACCGCUAGCAGCAAGAAAGGGGAGUGGAGCGAGGCGCUGUAUCCGGUGCUGACCACCCUCAAUGAGUGCGUGGCCAUGAUGAGUGACAAGGCCAAGAAGUCCAUGGUGUUCCUGCUCAUGCAGGACAGCGCCCCCACCAUCGGCAUGAGGCUCACCAUACAGUACCGCAGAGACGUGGUCUUCUGCCAAACCUUAACUGGCCUGAUCUGCGGCUUCACUGCCAAGCUCAGGAGCUGUCUCCAUGACAACGGUUUCUUGAGGCAACUGCACACUAUAGGCCUCUUGGUGCAGUUCGAAGGCCUUCUCAGCACCUAUGGUGAGGAGUUGGCCAUGCUGGAAGACAUGUGCAUUGGCGUGAUGGACCUGAGGAAUGUCACCUUCAAGGUUACCCAGGCAACCACAGUGUUUGCGCCCGACAUUCUGCCGGUGAUCACGGGUAACAGGGACGGCUUCAAUGUGCGCGUGCAGCUGCCCUCCGUGCUGUUCGACGCGUUGCCAAGGGAGAUCCAGAACGGAAUGCUGCUGCGCGUGCAGCCGGUGAUGUUCAACGUGGGCAUCAACGAACAGCAGACUCUGGCAGAAAAGUUUGGAGACACAUCAUUACAAGAAGUGGUGAAUAUGGAGAGUUUGGUGAGGCUGAACUCCUACUACGACCAGUUCAAAGAGGUCCUUCCUGAAGACUGUCUACCACGUUCGCAGAGCCAACACUGUGUGCCUGAGCUGUUGAAGUUCCUGCACCAGAAUAUCCACGCCAGGAAGAGCAAAAAUGUGGACAUCCUUUGGCAGGCUGCAGAGGUGUGUCGGCGUCUGAACGGCGUGCGUGUCACUAGCUGUAAGAGUGCUAAGGACCGCACGGCCAUGUCUGUGACGCUGGAGCAGUGUAGCAUCCUGCAGCAGGAGCACUGCAUGGCCCCUCAGGUCUUCACCCAGGCCCUCGACUGCAUGCGCAGUGAGGGAUGUCGACGAGAGAACACCAUGAAGAACGUGGGCAGUCGCAAGUACGCCUUCAACUCGCUGCAACUGAAGGCCUUCCCCAAACAGUACAGGCCACCUGAAGGCACCUACGGGAAGGUGGAGACCUGAGUUGAGGACUGACUGAAUGACACAUCCCCCAGUGAUGGCACAUCUGGACUCAGAAGCUGCCAUAUAUUUCUAAAUGCCCUGGCUUUACCUGUCCAAUUUGACAGUUUUGACAGGUAAAAGCAGGUCAUGGAAUGUGUGGCACUGCAUUGUAGCUUCUGAAUCCACUGAGGACUCUCUGACUGAAAAUAUGACACAUCCCCCACUCAUGGGCAAUGUGCAUUCAGAAGCUACAAUCCAGUGCCAUAUAUAAUAUUCCAAAUGACCUGGCUUUAUCGGUCUAAUUUGGCCAUGUGGACAGGUAAUACCAGCUCAUGGAAUAUGAUUGAAGCUUCUGAAUCCAGGUUACCCAUCACUGUGCAGCCCAGUGCAGUUCCCUUUCUAGUUCAUUCUGGUUCACUUAUUAUUUUGCCUUGAAAAAACACAAUAGAUUAAUGCAUAACUAAGUCACCAUGAUGAUGUUGAAGAAGUGGUUUCAACAAUAGCUUUGUUUUAUUAUGGUUUUACAGUUUUUUUCAUAAUCUUGAAGCUGUGAUAAAGGAGCAGCACUGGGUGGUGGUGUUGGUGAUGAUGAUGCUCGGGUAUAACGGUCUGGAUGGGCCACCAUAUCUGCUGGCUUGCAGAGUUUUCUUGUAGGACCUCGGGGGUGUUCCAAGAAGAUGCUUACAUGAUAAACUUGCCUAGGUUGAUCUACAGGAAGUGGUAAACCUCAUAGAAGAUAGCCAGUAGGUGUCAUGUAGCUAAGAAAAGGAGGACUCCGGGCUCCUCUAUUGGAUGAUAUACCACUACCUCAGGGUUAUCGUGAACUGGGUUACUAAUGAACCAGCUUCUUGGAAUUCCCCCCUCUUUUCCCCUUAAGGCCAACUAUGGCUGGCUGCAGUUGUUAGCUUAGAAGUGGUGUUUAAGUCUUUCCCUUGGAAGCACAAUAAGCUAGCGAUGAACAGUGCCAAUGAUGUGUUAAUGUGUUUAAUUUGGUUUUCGUUUAAUCUUAGUAGACGUCUACAGGCAUCCUGGCCUCCAAGGACCUCAACUUGGUCACUCCAAGUUAUAACAGAAGGAAUGAAAAAAAAACCUCAACUAUUGGAUAGAUAUGAUAAUACCUUUGUCUUGAUGGAAGAGCACAUUCAUGGUCAAAGACAAAGUGUAAAAUUCUUAGUAACUAUCUCUGUGGUGGUUAAGGUAAGCUUUCCCGACCUAACAUAUUUAGCUAUAGAUGCUUUAACGGUUUAUCAGGUUACAAUGGAUCACCCACCUAAUCUAUUGCUGGUUAGUUGCUCACACUCACUGAUGUCAAUUUAUGCAUCUGACUGUAGCUGCCUUAAAAUGUGUCUUGAAAAUCAUUGGCGUCUCUGCACGAGCCUUUGUGCCCUGCUCUAACACACAGGCAGUAGAAUAGUGUCAUCUAAAGUAUACUGUACAUGUAUGUGUAUAGGCAGGAGAGUACAAAGAGUAUCACAAAACGAUGCCAUUUCCUUUUUAUUCUGGACCUUCAGUGUUGGUAUGGUGUAUAGGUAAGAUGUUUUUGUUUACUCUUUUGGUUUUGUGGGAGAUCAUCAUCAAGUCUUCAAGUGACAGGGACCUGAGAUGCCAAUGUGUAAAUACAAGUGUGUUCAGAAGACGGGAGUCACUUGUCGUGCGGCUUGUGUUAUAUUUUGAAGUCAGGAAGUGCUGUGCUGUCCAGUGUGCUGAUAAUGCAGUCAAAGGACUUUGAGGGAUUUCAUUAUGCAAAACGUUUAAGAAGCCGCAGAUGCGCUCUGCUCAUAUCAGUAGAAUCUGUUCCAAUCCGAAGCUCAUACCAUCAGAAUUGUCUAGCUGGAACAUUUGGGGGAAAAAAGUUUGGCGCAGAGACAUCGAUCUUGAAUUUUAACAUUUCACAUCCUUGAAAAAGGACCACUGAUUAUGUUUUUUGCCAGUCUUUUGCAACAGCAAAGGGCCAGAAUGCAGCACCAUCCUUGUGGACACAAACACAUGUUUUUCUCUCUUCACAAAAGUGAAACCCACUUCCAACUCAUGGCAGUAAUAGAUGUUAUUAGGUGAGAUCAUUUCUUGCAUCACAUUAUUAAUUGAGAUGAAAAAUGCACUUCGGUAUCGAGAAAGGCCUUACACGUUUGCAUACUGACAAACACCAAAAACUAAUUUUAAAAGAAUAACAAAUAGAUAUCCAGCUGGCAUUUGGAAUGUCUUAAUUCUUAAUGCAUGAAAUGGGUACUUAAACCAAUUUAUGAUAGGGAUCAACUGGACUGAUAGGGAAUGCAGUCUGUUUUAUUUUUUGCUUUUUUACAUGCACGUGUUAUGUUUACAUGCUGAUGGGGAUACAGUUUUAUUUAUUGUUGGCUGAAAUUAUGUUAUAUUUUCUGCAGACUUUAAUGAACCAAUUAUGACCAAUAGCCUAUAAAUAUCAUAUGUCUUUUGGUUGUUUGUUUCUGUAUGUUAUUUUUUUUUUUCGUUAAGUUGUAUUUAUGGCAAAAAAAACAACAAAAAAGAACGGUGGCAGACUAAGUUGGACUAUGCUACAUGCUGUAAAAAUGU